AUGGAGUACAAGCGAUGCAACUCAAGCCGCACGACGGCGAGCAUCAGUCGAUCUCCUCAGCUACGCACAUCUGCCACGUCAACACCAGUGCGCAGCGCGACACCAAUGCGUACCCCUACAUCGGCACGGAGUGGUGCUUCGAGCGCGCGCCGUACCUUGACGGGUACAGGUACAGGGAGCGGAGCAUUGAGAAGCGUAGGCUUGGAUGGCGCCUCCCCGAGGGCGAAAGGACCUGGUUUACCACGACCCAUUGCCUAUAAACGUAGCGGGACAGCUACCAGCGGCGGUCAAGUGGACAGCGGCAACGAUAUGAGCAUGGUUAGCAGCAGGAGUGCAAUCGGCGACAGCCCCAAAGGAAAGCGCGGGGCGCACAAGCCCGCAGUGGCAAAAACCGGCGGAAACGGACGUGUCAACGUCUAUGCUCGAGUGCGUGCCUUCUCUCCAGCUGAAACAGCGGAUAAUCAGCAUUCGGCGGUGCAUCUGAGUGACAACAAGGUGGAGGUUGUUGUGUCCCCCAAGAGCGUUUACACUUUCAUGCUUGACGGGUGCUUUUCGAGCACUGGUUCCCCGUCGGAUGAGGGCUUCGCAUCACAGAGCAGUGUUUUCGAUGCCAUUGGCCGGCCACUGGCUGAGAACGCUCUAGCAGGUUACAACGCCGCAAUUAUGGUUUACGGACAAACUGGAAGCGGCAAGACGUACACGAUGUUCGGCCCUCCAAAAUCGUUGGGGACGGAGGAGCAGGGCCUUGUGCCACGAGUGUGUAAUAUGAUCUUUGAGCGGGCUGAUGCUUGCUUGCAGAAGGGCAUCACAUGCCGUGUGUGCGUGUCUAUGCUUGAAGUGUAUCUGGAAGACGUGUUUGAUCUGUUCAGCAACCGCAAACAAGUGACAGUGCGGAAGGACUAUUUGGACAAUUCCUUUCAUGUUGUUGGGGCUAAGUCCAUCCCUGUGAGGCAGUAUAAGGAUGUUGAAGAACUGUUGCAAAGGGCGGAGGCACUUCGAACAUUUGCUGCGACCGCCAUUCACGCUCGCUCCUCUCGUGCGCACGCACUGUUUCAACUAGAGUUGUACACUACCUUCGAGUCGACAGACAUCGCGCCUCGUACGGCUAAGAUUCUUCUGGCCGACCUUGCUGGGUGCGAGCGUAUUAAACUUGCCCAAACAGAGACAGGCAUUCCCUUUGAGGAGGCUCGGAACAUCAAUCUUUCGCUACUUUCAUUGGGUUCGUGCAUUGAGGCUGUUACCAUGCGUAAGGGAUCAAGUCAAAACAUUCCUGAGUUCCGUAAUAGUACUCUCACUAAGUUGUUGAAGGAAUACUUGGGUGGAAACAGCGUGUCUUCUAUCGUUGUAACCGUUGGACCCAGCGUGCGCGAUGCUCGUCUCAGCGUGCAAUCGCUUCGAUUCGCUGACCGUGCCAUGAAGGUCGUGACUCAUGCUAAGAUAAACACAGUGAAACCCAUUACCGAGCUUGAUGAUGCAGAUGGUUCCGAAGACAAGGUGCGUGAGGCUUAUAACAAAAAGAAAGAGGCAUUACAGGUCGAGUUUCAGGUGCAGAGCGAGUUGCAGAAGCUGCAGAAUAAGAUCACAAUUUUGGAGUGUCAGCUAAUGAACUCUGUGGAUGACGAAGUUGUCGCUCGACUCCAGGAGGAAAUAUCUACCUAUCAGAAGUCGCUUGCUGAUGCUGACUUAGAGCUGCAGCAGCAGCGUCGUGUAUUGUAUGACAGUGAGGUGAUGCUAGAGGAGCAACUAAAGGAACUGAACACGAGGAUGCAAGAAAUGAUAGAGGAAAACGAAGAGGCAACAGAAAACCUCUUGGCCGAAUGUCGAAAAAAACACACGGAGCGGCUUGAGGUAGAACAAAAGCGGCACGAAGAGGAGGUGGAUGUCCUUUUAAAGAGUCACGAAUUCGAAUUGGAGAGAAUCAACCAGCUUCUUCAAGAUUCUGACACGAAAUGUGCCGAACUCACGACCACCUUGUUCAAAACUAAAGAGGAUCUUCGCAAAACAGACGGUCUGGUAGAUGAAAUGCAGAUGGCACUUGAAGAGCUUGGGGACGCAUCAAAGGCAACCGAGACUGAGCUUUACGGCUAUGUCGAGCAGCUUCGCAGUGAAAACAGUCGAUUAAGCACCGCAAUAGACACUCUCCGCCAACAGUUGAAAGAAUCUGAAGCAUCCGUUGAAGAUCGUGACAAUCGUCUAAAGGAACAUGAGGAAUCAUUGGAUACCCUCCGCCAACAGUUGAAAGAAUCUGAAGCAUCCGUUGAAGAUCGUGACAAUCGUCUAAAGGAACAUGAGGAAUCAUUGAAUACCCUCCGCCAACAGUUGAAAGAAUCUGAAGCAUCCGUUGAAGAUCGUGACAAUCGUCUAAAGGAACAUGAGACAUCAUUGGAUACCCUCCGCCAACAGUUGAAAGAAUCUGAAGCAUCCGUUGAAGAUCGUGACAAUCGUCUAAAGGAACAUGAGGAAUCAUUGAAUACCCUCCGCCAACAGUUGAAAGAAUCUGAAGCAUCCGUUGAAGAUCGUGACAAUCGUCUAAAGGAACAUGAGACAUCAUUGGAUACCCUCCGCCAACAGUUGAAAGAAUCUGAAGCAUCCGUUGAAGAUCGUGACAAUCGUCUAAAGGAACAUGAGACAUCAUUGAAUACCCUCCGCCAACAGUUGAAAGAAUCUGAAGCAUCCGUUGAAGAUCGUGACAAUCGUCUAAAGGAACAUGAGGAAUCAUUGAAUACCCUCCGCCAACAGUUGAAAGAAUCUGAAGCAUCCGUUGAAAAUCGUGACAAUCGUCUAAAGGAACAUGAGGAAUCAUUGAAUACCCUCCGCCAACAGUUGAAAGAAUCUGAAGCAUCCGUUGAAGAUCGUGACAAUCGUCUAAAGGAACAUGAGGAAUCAUUGAAUACCCUCCGCCAACAGUUGAAAGAAUCUGAAGCAUCCGUUGAAGAUCGUGACAAUCGUCUAAAGGAACAUGAGGAAUCAUUGAAUACCCUCCGCCAACAGUUGAAAGAAUCUGAAGCAUCCGUUGAAGAUCGUGACAAUCGUCUAAAGGAACAUGAGGAAUCAUUGAAUACCCUCCGCCAACAGUUGAAAGAAUCUGAAGCAUCCGUUGAAGAUCGUGACAAUCGUCUAAAGGAACAUGAGACAUCAUUGAAUACCCUCCGCCAACAGUUGAAAGAAUCUGAAGCAUCCGUUGAAGAUCGUGACAAUCGUCUAAAGGAACAUGAGACAUCAUUGGAUACCCUCCGCCAACAGUUGAAAGAAUCUGAAGCAUCCGUUGAAGAUCGUGACAAUCGUCUAAAGGAACAUGAGGAAUCAUUGGAUACCCUCCGCCAACAGUUGAAAGAAUCUGAAGCAUCCGUUGAAGAUCGUGACAAUCGUCUAAAGGAACAUGAGGAAUCAUUGAAUACCCUCCGCCAACAGUUGAAAGAAUCUGAAGCAUCCGUUGAAGAUCGUGACAAUCGUCUAAAGGAACAUGAGGAAUCAUUGGAUACCCUCCGCCAACAGUUGAAAGAAUCUGAAGCAUCCGUUGAAGAUCGUGACAAUCGUCUAAAGGAACAUGAGACAUCAUUGGAUACCCUCCGCCAACAGUUGAAAGAAUCUGAAGCAUCCGUUGAAGAUCGUGACAAUCGUCUAAAGGAACAUGAGGAAUCAUUGAAUACCCUCCGCCAACAGUUGAAAGAAUCUGAAGCAUCCGUUGAAGAUCGUGACAAUCGUCUAAAGGAACAUGAGACAUCAUUGGAUACCCUCCGCCAACAGUUGAAAGAAUCUGAGACAACAGUGGUGGUUUUGACCGCUGACUUGAAGCAACUGGAGGAGGAAAUGUUUAUUGACCAAGCGGACCUGAAAGAAAGAAUCGCUUUUCUCGAGGUUGAGUUGAAAAGGUGCGAAGAAAAGGGGGCUUAUUAUAGUGCACUGGUUGAUGAAAUGCAAGCGGAGUUGCAUUGCGCCAAUGAACGGGUUGCUGCAAUGUCUGACCAAGUUCAAAAUAUGGAAGUGCGAGUUUUUGAUGUGUGUGGAUAUAUGUUUGAGGCUUUUAGCGUGAAAUGCCAAGAUACUGUUUCUGCUUUUGCUUCCUUUACCAAAGGUGUCACGGAGGACCUUACCAAAGGUACCACUGAGCGACUUAGGCUUUUGGCUGAGGUGGUUGAAUUACGGUCGUCCACAGUCGCAAGGAAGGCGGCAACCCAAAGACGUGCGUCUGCGGUUUCGUCUUUAGUACAGUCUGCGCAGGAAAUUCUCUCAAAAAUCGCGGACGAGGUUGAGGACGCCGAUAAUUUUUCCGAUCGAUCAGCUGUGGUGGCUUCAUUUGUAAAUUCUCCAAAGGAAUCCUGGGGUGCGGACUUAUCUCCUCGCUUUACUGAGGAGUCUCUGACCUGCUAG